AUGGUAUGGCCUCUGAGGACCCCCAAGACCAACUGGAUGAGGCUAUUAAAAAGACAGAACGGCUUGCUGAGGAGCUCAACCAAGAGAAGGACCCACAUGCCCAACUGGAAGAGGCAAUUACCGAGCUCAACCCAGAACCGGUAAUGUAACAAGUCUUACAUUACUGGUAAUGUAACCCCUAUAACUCCCAUACAUUAACAAAUAUUCCCAACACACCCCCAACACCACAGCGUUAUGAUUUAUCAUUGCAUUUUGUUUGUCAAAGUAGAGCCCACAUGGCACAAAUGUAAAUUUAAACAGAGACUUAGUGAUAUGACCUGAUCACGGGCAUCAAUGAUAUUGCACAUUGAGCAUGAGGCACAAGGGUGCACAUGUUAGCAUCCUUGUGAACAUCUACACAUGUUAGCUGUGUGAGUGACCCAGAACGUGGGUCUACUGCAGGUGCCUUUCCUCAGCUGACAAAUCCCUUCAGCCUAUGUGAAAAUAAAAUGAUUGCUUGUGCUCCAUAUGUGUGCAAGCAAGACAUGCUUGUGAGAGACUUUUAUUAGUGGACCAGCAAUGAUAAUUGAAAUGCACUUUUUAGGAAAAUAAGAAUAAAUAGACAAACAAGGUUCAGAUGGAGACAAAUGGAUGAGAGAGGACAGAUUGUUCCUCAAACCAGGAAGACAACUACAUCCACUUCGCCAGACCAGUGCAAACUUUUGGGCCAGUCACUGAGAAGGAAGAAUCAGGUAUUGAUGAGCGAUUGAAUAGAUUAAUAUAUACAAUUGCUUGUUAUUCAGUGACCUUGUAACUAAUUUUUUUUUUAAAUUUUUUUAUUAAAGCCUUAAUCAGUUGAAACAAUAACAAAGCACACUCCUCUCCCCUGUGUUGGUAAAAGGCUGAGUGAUGGGGUUGGGGAAAUGAAACCACUUUCAAUUUAUAGACAGAGCUAUGGAUGCAAGAACUUACCAUCAAUUAUAUUUAAAUAAUAAUUUUAACCAUGUUCUAAGGCUGUACAGUGUUUUUUUUUUUUACAAUUACUUUGUUUACAAACAUUUUACUAAAAUAAGCUUAUAGUUUGGGUAAAACAAGCUAAUAUUUUGGGUUCUGAUGGAGUAUAACAGUUGAACUAAACUCAUGAGGCAUUAAUACAUUAUAAUCUUUAAGAAUCAAUGGCUACAUAUCAUUAGUAUAAGUCCAAAAAUGGCCUUAUCAACAUAUUUUAGAGACAAGGACCAAUGGAUUGGAAUCCACUCCAGUUUUCAGCAUUGAUGAAGAAACAUUCCUAAUAUUGAAUUGCACUCCCUUUUGCCCUCAGAACAGCCUCAAUUCGUUGGGGCAUGGACUCUACAAGGUGUUCGAAAGCGUUCGACAAGGAUGCUGGCCCAUGUUGACUCAAAUGCUUCUCACAGUUGUGUCAAGUUGGCUGGAUGUCCUUUGGGUGGUGGAUCAUGUUGAACCUGAAAACCCAGGAGCGUUGCAGUUGUUGACACAAACCGUUGCACCUGGCUACUACUACCAUACCCCGUUCAAAGUCACUUAAAUAUUUUUGGCUUGCCCAUUCACCCUCUGAAUGGCACACUUACACAAUCCAUGUCUCAAUUAUUUCAAGGUUUAAACAUCAGCUUUAACCUGUCUCCUCCACUUAAUCUACACUGAAGUGGAUUUAACAAGUGAUGUCAAUAAGGGAUCAUAGCUUUCACCUGUUCAGUCUGUCAGGGAAAGAGAAUGUUUUGUACACUCAGUGUGUUUUUGCUGUUUUAAGAACAUUCCGAAUUUCUAUUCGACGAUGGGAUCAAGUUCUAUUGUGUGAUAUUCCAUUUUAGACUUAAUUCUCAAUAUUUUGGUCUGCCAUGUAAUUGAAUUUACUGUAGAAUCAAAACUGAGGUUUUUGGCUUGUCUAUAUUUGCUGUCACCUACAUACAGCCCUGUGUGCGAUUUAAUAGAUUAAUUAUAUAAUAUUCCUAAUUUAAUAAUUUUCCUGUUUUGAUUGUGUUUUCAAAAAAGCAAUACUUCAUCGAGAAAUUAACAUCCUCCUAGCUGACUUAGAAGACCCUGAGUGUGCAAAUCAUGCUGUGCCUGGUGCAUCACACAGUUGUGAGGAAGGAACUCUCACAGGAUAGCUGGAGGGAGUCCAGGCCUGAGAUUGUAGAUUUUGCGCCUUCCUCUUUGCUCCUCUUCGCCUUCUGGAGCACAUUCUUCUCUGUCUCAAUUGUCUCAACUAACUGUAAUGACUGACAACAUUGUCGGCCAAUCCGAUGUCUAGCCAGUCUCAAUUAUCGAAAAGUCACUAAAAGCCACCAAUGGGAAUACGAGACAGUCUCAAUUAACUGUAUCCAACCACCAUCGCCCGUUUGACGUGUGGUCCAAUCAUAUUCGCCCUUUGACUUUAGCCCCGGCUCCAACUCGAUUUUUCAAGAAUAUUUUUUUACAAUCGUAUCAAUGCAUUUGCAUUAAUGCUUUGUACUGUAGCUGUAACCCAUUCAGGCUGCCGCUUGGCUAUAGAUUUCCUGUCAUGGUGCUGGUGCUGGUAUCCCCCUCCAUUCUUUUCCAACUUUGAUACUCAUAUUAUUUGUAGUUGUUACUUAGUAUUUUCAUAAUGUUACUCUCACAUUGUGAAAAAAUGUGGCAUGUUAUUGUUUUAAAUCUAUAACAUAGAUUAGAUUCCGAACACAUUGUGACAUUGUUUCCACUCCAAAGCUCUUUUCCAGAGUUUUCCGGCUUUUCUGACAUCAACCUGAGCUUAACUUGUUUCAAUUCCCUAACCCUAAAUCAAUAUAUUGCUUUAACUGAUUCUGUUGUCCUGAUCACAUCCUUGGGCAGCACAAUCAUCACUUUUUGCUGAUUUAUGUAUAAAGCCUUGAACGUACAGGUCCCUCCACCACUGCCCCCAUCCGGCUGAUGACCCAUCCUGUGCUUCCCUGGACCGGGACCCCCUGAAUCCAUCCGAGGCUUCUGUCCUUGCCCUGGUGGGGUGAAGAGAAUAAGAGGAGGAUUUGCCCCAAGGCAUGCCCAAGAAAGUGCUGAGGUGAAUAAAAUAAAUAACAUCGCAAAUCUUACAAAGGUAAUUGGAUAUUUGUAUUGGGUCACGCUGGAAAAUGAAUCUUCCAUUUAUUGUAGUUUUAACUCUCUCUUUCUCUAACUCCUCUCUCUUAAAUGCAGCUGCUGCUUCCAGAGAGCUGGCGGGAAACUCUCAACAAGGAGCAGCAGCGGUGGAUUGGCCGGACGCUGUUUACCAGGAGCAGCUCGGGGAGGUUCCUAUUCAUCACAGACUUGCGUCCGUGGUGGUACCCUCCCCAACCCCGGCCGGUCUACAAUCAGCCCCCCGCAUCAGCCGACCCCUUCUUCGCAUGUCCGCUGUUCCUCUGGCAUUCUAGCUGACAUGCACCCAGCCUGGGUGUAACACCACCCUCACCAAGGCUGGGCUGUACAAGACUAUCCCGAGGGUCGUGGACAUCAAGGGUUGGUAUCUCAUGGCCACUGAGUCCCUGGAGUGCCCUCGGUGUAAGAAGAAGGUGGCGGGCUGGUCACAGGACAUCCUGGGUCAGCUGGACCCUGCGCAUCGCUGCCAGUUUCCAGCGAUUCUGACCUACAGGUAAGUGAAGAAAUGCAUCUUUUUAUUUUUACUGCUGUAGUACAGUUGAGUACUCUAAAUGUCCCUCACCCUUUUCUCACUGCCCCUCUCUCCAGGUGUUCCUGUGACCUGGCAGUUGUCGGAAUGCUGAGGGAGCGUGCUUUGGGGAACAGCGCCACUCAGCUGUACAACAAGCUGUGUGAGUGCCACAGCGAAGCCUAGAUGCGGCGGUCCAUACAGAUCUAAGACAGCUGCCAUGUUUCCUGAAUGGGACCAGCUGGUGGUUCCUCUUGACAUCAGGCAUCUGCUGCCGCGGUUCGCAUCAUGUUUAUAGGGCCUUCAUGCAGCAGCUGUCGUCCUGCAUUUUUGAAUGGCAUGUAGGAGACUGCUGGAGGCCAAGCGGUCUGAGCUGGGGAAGCAGGGAAUGGUCAGCCUCACCGACGCAGAGGUCUACAGCUACUUGGGGAGGAGGGAGAUGACUCUUCACUGCCGUACGCAUGGAGCUGUAGAGACGGAGCUCCUCCUCAUGGACACGCUGGGGACCUUCAACAGUGAGAAGGGGCACGACACCCUGGGCAUCCCGCUGCUGGACCCCGUCCGCAUCCAGGCAAUCUGGCAAGAGCAGAGGCGUCACCUCCACUGCAUCCAAGACCCUCCUGGUGUACAGUUGUACACAGACACCAGCAAGCCAAUCACCAAGGGCGGAGUGAAGCUGCCGGUGUAUCGCUACGGAUCUCUGGAGUCGUACCACCUCCACCUCAACCGGUUCAUCCAAGGUAAUUACAACUAUAGAACUAUCAUUUUGAAAUGUUACCAGUAAAAUCAUUGACACUAAAGUGAGUUGUGUUCACCUUCUCAUCACCCAUUAUUCUACUCUUAGGCAUCAGUGCCAAAGGAAUGCAUUUCCAGGCCUUCCUCCUGGAUGGACUGGUGAUGUGGAACGAGAACCGCGCCUCAGCGGCAGUGGAGGGACAGAAGCAGCCUCUGCUCUGCUACAGUGGCCACCUGCAGCACUCCCUCAACCAGCUCAGCCAAAGGGUGACGUGUACACAGGUACGUUAAUCAUGUCAUAGGUUUGUGUAAACGUGUGAUGCGUUUUUAUGUCAUUAAGCUUUGUGUGCUCUCCCACUACAUCGCAGGGGAACUCAUUGGUGUUGAGUACCUGUACGCCCAGACCAACAAAGUGCUGCAGGUCAUCAGCUUGGACUCUGACACUCCUGACGAGGCCGACGCCACCUAGGGACCCUUGGAGGACGAGGGAUUUCAGGAGGCGGAGGAUGAGGACCCCACUGUCCACGUUUCCGACCCACCUCCACCAGUCGCCUCAUCCUCCACCUCUGCGGCAGCCCAGUCAGGUGAUCCAGCUGACGCUCCCAGGUCUGGGCCAUCCAGUCCGGCCGCCACCGACCGUGAACCUCCUGAGGCCCCUGAACACCAGGAUUCUCCUCCCUCUGACUCCUCCUCAGGCUCUGAGGUAAGGCUUAGUUUUAACUUAAUGGAAACAUUUUACAAACGUACUUCGUAGUUUACUAUUUUCAUAACAUUGAAAACUACAUUUUUCCUAAGUGGUCUGUUUCCUGUGUGUCCUCAGGGGGAGUGCCAAGGCCCGUAUGGCCAGCCAGGAUACCAGCACAUCCGUAGGCUGGCCAAUGCCUUGGUAGAGGUGAGGAGUCUUCAGGGACUGUCGGAGCGGUGGGUAGACAGGCUGUUAGUGCUCUGGCAGGCACUACCACAGCCUGACAAGUGACGUCUGGUCUACCCUUCCCGUCACCAGGACAGAAUAGAGUGGGGGUGGUUCAAGGCAACAAAGGGGAAGAUGUCCAUCAUGCCUGGAAAGGACAGUCUCCAACGGUAUCUCAUUUUAUUAUUACAUUUUUAUUUUGUCAUCCACUGCACAUACCAACCUUUAUUCUUUGGUUUAUUCUUUGUAUUUUAAGUUGUUUCCUCGGACUGAACUCGGGCCCUGCAACUUGGCCAGGCACCAGUCGCCUGGUGGAGGCCGUUUGCAGCCAGCUCUGUCGGCUCCAUCCUAGUGGCACGCAGUCUGGCGGCACCAAGAGGAGCAGGUGGGCGCUCAUCUUGGCGGACUACGUGUCCAUCAGAGAGGCAGUGCUGGAUAGCCCGAUGCUGAUGGCCCAGACUAACAUUCAGCUCUUUGAGCUGAACCAGAGGACCAUCUCGCAAUGGUAAGAUAAUAAUACAUUAACAAUAUUGACCAAGUUGUGUUGAGAUUUAUUACCAUGAUGAUAAUGACAAAAUACUUGACUGACAAUGUUUUUCCUGCAUGUCUUGUCUGCGUGUGACAGGUACUCUCGGCGCCAGAAGGAAAGGGAGAGGACCGUCUUGGAACAGGGUUUGGUGCUCUCCCGUGCCCGAGUGUUGCCGCCCAGCCUCUCCCUGCUGCCAGGCCGCUCCACUACGAGCCACCCCCAGACCUGCAGCCCUUCACCUUCUCAGUGCCAAAGGACCUUUCACGCUAGGCCACCCAGUGAGGACGGCCCGCCCCAGUGCCCACUCUGCCAGCCCACGUUCUUCCCGCCCCCCAGCAGCAACCCCCCUGCUCUCUUUCAGGCUCCUCCCAGGGCCCCCAGCAGCACCUCCCUACUACGCCAGGCCCCUCCCAAGGCCCCCUACCAUCACUUACAGUGGCCAGGUCAACGGCUUUCCGGUGGAGGAAGGAAGCAGAAGCCGCAGCCGAGGGGAAAGGGUGCCCUCCUAAGAGGAGAAAGCGGAAGGAAUACAAAUGCAGAAAGUGCGCACAGCUGAAGCGGAAAGAGGCAAUUCGGGUCCGUAUCUUUCUGCUCAGCUUCUGAGGGGAAGACUGUUGAACAGUGGCUGGCGGAGAUGAGAGACGCUAAGGGGCGAGGUGCUGAAGGAAACUGAGCCACUCGUUUGGUGGUCGUGGACGUUCCUUUUGUAUAUAGUUCACCUUGUUCCCAUCUCCCAAGACCGAGACCUUGAAGCGGUGUAGAGGCUUGUGUGUGUUGAGGACCCUCAGAGCUAUAUUGUCUGUAGCCUAUGACUACUGGCAGGCACUCCCAUGACAAACAGGUCUGAGGUGAGACACCAGACUGACGUCGGUCCUUUCUCCAAUGUGGUUGUGUAACCCAUGCUAACAAUUGUCUACUCCAAAGGAACAGAUAUUUGGACAAUGCUGAAAUGUGUUACGUUUGACAUUUCUAACUAAUCUGUAUUUCACUCGUGUGGCAUGAACAUAAGCAAUACUUACAAUUGUCUACUACAAAGGGACAGUUAUACAGACACUCCCAUCAUUUCCAUGGCCCCCUCUAACUUCUGAAUGUUAAUGGUGAACUAAAAUUAACUUCACUGUGUUAAGUGCAAAAGAUAGAAGUACAAAAGAUCCCUCUAAAUGAAAGUAAAUGCAUCUAAUUUGUGUGUGGGAAGGGAGUUUGAAAGGGAUAUAUUGACAAUAUAUGAAUUUGAAAUAAGAACUGUAUAAAAAGGAGUAAUGAUUUGAGUAGAAUACAGUUAAAUAUGUCUACUACAAAGGGACAGUUUCACAUGAACUUGUUUGUCUCUUGUAAUUUAGUCCUUAUAUCACCUUAACUUGCCCAUUGGGUAUACAGGGGACAUAGACAGUGGAGCAAUUGUGCUGUGGGGCACGUUGUCCUGUCAUUUCUUUCACCUUGUUGUUUUCCACAUUUUGUACAGGUGUGGCUGGUGUGAUCUGAUGUUCAAUGUUCCCUACUGUGAAAAUGUGCAGUAUGAUUUAUCUUUGCAGACUUUAAUCAAUUGUUUUUUUAAUUAAUUACAUUUGUGUUCAGUUUUCGGUCACAAGGCACCUGUCGCUAGUUUAGUCACCUAUUGGACACCAUGAAAAACCAUUUAAACAAUGAAGCUGCUAGCAACCAUGAUGGGGUUCAAGAUAGGGCUCUGUAUACAGACGAAUGAUUUUUUUGUAUUAAUUAUAUUUGUAUCCAGUUUUCAAUCACAAGGCAACUUACCAAUUUAGUCACCUGUGGGACACCAUAAUGCAAAUUUAAACAACAGCUGCAAGCAGCCAUGCCCGGGGUUCAAGCUUAAUUUACAUUUUGUGAUUUACAGCUUAAAUCUACAUUUAUUUUGUGAUUAACAGUUCCUAGGACUGUAAGGACAACAUAGCACAUGGCUACUAUUUUAUGCAUUGUUUACAUUUGGAUGGGUGUGUUCUUAAUCGUUGUCACCCCCUCCCACUUUCUCCUUAUUUGGCAAAACCCCCCUUUAGCCCCCCCUUCCUCAACAGAGAAAUUUGAGCAGGUUCCUUUGCGCUGGCUGCAGAGCAUGCUUCUCAGAAUAUCUGUCAGUCAUGCAAUGUGAAAACGGCUAUUCUGCGAUGUAGAGACUAUCUGCCGAAACGGCUUUACUGCGAAGACUGCGAUGUCUCUACACAUGCGAAGUUCCCCUUGCACAACAGAGAGUCCACGAUCGAGGAAUUCUACACGCCCCUUCCUCCAACCACAGCCAUAUCUCUCCACAGUGAUGGCAAAUAUGCACUUCAUGAACAUGGUGUGUUUUUAUGUUUUUUUGCGGCUGAAUGUAUCAUAUCAAAGUUAAAAUGUAUUCUUGUUUAUUGUUGUGUAACAUAUUGUCCCUAGAUUGUUUCUUACCAUUGUACGUAGCAGAGGUGAUAUGUGGUUGCCUGACAAGCACCGUCUAUGUUGGCCCUGGGAAACAUACUGUCCUCGUAGGAAUAAAUGGUACGUGCAAUAUCUACAAGAACCGAACAGUGAUG